AUGCUUCAGGCACCCCAUACCACGUCAGCUCAGAUCUGUACCUAACAGCCCCUGAAAGGUCUGGAUAGUCCUUUUUCAAAGGAGACCACUUUAAGUAGUUACUUGAAGUGGCUCUAGGUCCCUUUGGGGAAGAACUAAAGGGGAAUAUUUUUUAAUGUACUUAUGGUGAUAUCGUAGGACCCUUCUCUUUCAACCAGUGAGCUUCAGGUCUCAGGACUGGCUUGGAUUCACAAAGAGCGAGGUUUAUCGUGGUUUUCCACGGUAGCAACUGAUCUUCCCCUUCUGGUCACCAACUCUGCAUUUCUUUCUGAUUAUUCAAAUCAAACCACUCAUCAGCUGCCCAUCUAUUCACCGCGCCCCCUACCCCCGCACCAAAACCCCACGGCCCAACAGGCCUGUCAUGGCUCCCUGGGGCUGCCCCUGAAGUUGGGGACAACAGGGGAGGCCAAGGGGUCAAGGGGACGGGACGCAGACCUAGGUGUCUGCUGCAGGUGCGAGCCGUGGUUUCGGGCAGUACAAGAACCUCCUCUCAGAGGUGCCCUUCCUCUGACACGGGGCCCAGCAGUGAUUGGGAAUUUAAGACACUUAGCGCCGUUGGAGUUGGUUUCAUUCACAUCCGGUUUUUAUACGGCACCUACCAGGCACCACGCACACCCCAAGUGUGACCCACGUUCGGGACAGCCACACUCACACGAUGGCUCUCUUCCUGCGGAUUGCCCCUGUGAGCCACCGCCCGCAUGGCCCGGUCCUCUGGGCACCCGGAGAGCGCUCGGCUUCCCCGCCACACCUGCCCCUAGAGCAAACCCACCGCUACGCUCCGGGCACUGGACUGCGCGCUCCAGAGACACUUCACCCUCCCCUACAAGACUGGCCAACACGACCCGCCAAUGGCAGGGUGCCCUGACGCUCACAAAGCUUCUGAUUGGCGCACGCCGCUUCCUGUCUUUCCAGCGGCCCCGCCCACAGGGCGAGCCAGCGGGGGCGGGGCACAGCGGGGACGCCCAGGAUUAGGUUCCCGGACGGGCUUCGGACUAGGGCCUAGGACGGGGCCCAGUGGCACCGUAAAGAGCCGGACAGAGCCGGAGAGACCCGAGUCCCACCGGAGUAGCGCAGGCGGGCCGGAAGUACAGCCGAGCGCAGUCGAGCACGCGUGAAGUGGGCUGAGCGCGUUGGGCGUUGGGCCCCGGCGAGCCCAGGCAUGGCGGCCGAAGGCACGGCUCUGGUCGGAGGCGGGACUGUCGGCGGCCGCCUCGCCAAGGACAGCUUGCGGCAGUCUAUGUGCCCGGAAGGGAUCCCGAACCGGCGGCGCGGCUCGGCGCAGUCGCGUGAGGCCGAGCGCCGAGCCUACCAGUGGUGCCGAGAAUACCUAGGUGGUGCCUGGCGCCGCGUCCGGCCGGAGGAGCUGAGGGUUGACCCCGUGAGCGGGGGCCUCAGCAACCUGCUCUUCCGUUGCGCGCUGCCGGACCAUGUGCCCAGCGUUGGCGAGGAGCCCCGGGAGGUGCUGCUGCGGCUGUAUGGGGCCAUCCUGCAGGGCGUGGACUCCUUGGUCCUGGAAAGUGUGAUGUUCGCCAUCCUCGCAGAGCGGUCCCUGGGGCCCCAGCUCUACGGAGUCUUUCCGGAGGGCCGCCUGGAACAGUACAUCCCAAGCCGGCCACUGAAAACGGGAGACCUUCGAGAGCCCGUGUUGUCAGCAGCCAUCGCCACGAAGAUGGCCCGGUUCCAUGGCAUGGAGAUGCCCUUCACUAAGGAGCCCCGCUGGCUGUUUGGGACCAUGGAGAGGUACCUAAAGCAGAUCCUGGACCUGCCCCCCACCGGCUGCCCCCAGGUGAACUUGCUGGAGAUGUACAGCCUCAAGGAGGAGAUGGGCAACCUCAGGAAGUUGCUGGCCUCCACCCCGUCACCAGUGGUCUUCUGUCACAACGACAUCCAGGAAGGUAACAUCUUGUUGCUCUCAGAGCCAGAAAAUGCUGACAGCAUCAUGUUGGUCGACUUUGAGUACAGCAGCUACAACUACAGGGGCUUUGACAUAGGGAACCAUUUUUGUGAGUGGAUUUAUGAUUACACUCACGAGGAGUGGCCUUUCUACAAAGCACAACCCGCAGACUACCCCACCCGGGGACAGCAGCUCCAUUUUAUUCGCCAUUAUCUGGCAGAGGUAAAGAAAGGUGAGAUUAUCUCCCAAGAGGACCAGAAGAAACUGGAAGAAGAUUUGCUGGUAGAGGCUAAUCGGUACGCUCUGGCCUCCCAUUUCUUUUGGGGUCUCUGGUCCACCCUGCAGGCAUCCAUGUCCACCAUAGAGUUCGGUUACCUGGAGUACGCCCAGUCUCGGUUCCAGUUGUACUUCCAGCAGAAGGGGCAGCUGACCAGCCUCCACCCCCCAUCCUGACUCUUCACCCCCCAGCUCCUUGGAUGUUCCCAGUCUCCAGGGCGGGACCUUGGAGGGAAGGGCCAAAAGCAGGAGGCCCUUCAGACUGGGCUGAGCCCCCUGGGUGGCAGGUUGAGGUGGCUGACCUCUCGCCCAGUUGGAGCAGGUCCCCAUGGGCGGGAGACCGUGGACUGUGCACCCUGAAACAAUAAAGGACCUUCUUUCACA